AUGUCCAAAAAAAUCCAUGGAGGGUCUGUUGUGGAGAUGCAAGGAGAUGAAAUGACCAGGGUGAUUUGGGAAUUGAUCAAAGACAAGCUGAUUUUUCCAUAUGUGGAUCUGGAUGUACACAGCUAUGACUUAGGCAUAGAAAAUCGUGAUGCAACAGAUGACAAAGUGACAGUGCAAGCGGCAGAAGCCAUAAAGAAGUACAACGUUGGCAUCAAGUGUGCGACCAUAACCCCCGAUGAGAAGAGAGUGGAGGAGUUCAAGCUGAAACAAAUGUGGAAAUCUCCCAAUGGGACCAUCCGUAACAUUCUGGGUGGCACAGUCUUCAGGGAAGCUAUUAUCUGCAAGAACAUCCCCCGACUGGUGACUGGAUGGGUGAAACCCAUUGUCAUUGGCCGUCAUGCAUAUGGGGAUCAAUACAGAGCAACAGAUUUUGUGGUUCCUGGUCCUGGAAAAGUAGAAAUGACGUACACACCAAAAGAUGGAGGUAAACCAGUGACUUAUGUGAUCCAUAACUUUGAAGACUGCGGUGGUGUUGCCAUGGGAAUGUACAAUCUUGACCUCUCCAUCCAGGAUUUUGCACAUAGUUCUUUCCAAAUGGCAUUGUCUAAGGGCUGGCCUCUCUACAUGAGCACCAAAAACACCAUUCUGAAGAGAUAUGAUGGACGCUUCAAAGACAUCUUUCAGGAGAUCUAUGACAGAGAAUACAAGUCUCAGUUUGAAGCCCAGAAGAUCUGGUAUGAGCAUAGGCUCAUUGAUGACAUGGUGGCCCAAGCCCUAAAAUCUGAGGGAGGCUUCAUCUGGGCCUGCAAGAACUAUGAUGGUGAUGUGCAGUCUGACUCUGUUGCACAAGGCUAUGGCUCCCUGGGAAUGAUGACCAGUGUGCUGAUUUGCCCAGAUGGCAAGACAGUAGAAGCAGAAGCUGCUCAUGGAACGGUUACUCGUCAUUAUCGCCUGCACCAGAAAGGUCAAGAAACCUCUACCAAUCCCAUUGCCUCCAUUUUUGCAUGGACUAGAGGACUAGCUCACAGAGCUAAACUAGAUAAAAACACUGACCUCAAGAACUUUGCCACUGCCUUGGAAGAGGUCUGCGUAGAGACUAUAGAAGCUGGUUUCAUGACAAAGGAUCUAGCCGCCUGCAUUAAAGGCUUGCCUAAUGUGACACGUUCUGACUACCUGAGCACAUUUGAGUUCAUGGACAAGCUCGCUGAAAACUUGAAACUGAAACUAGCCUCUGCAGCGAAACUCUAAGGUCCUGCCUUGGGAAGAGCUCCACAACGAAGCUUGUUCCCUUUUGGGAACUGGCUUACACUGUGUUGUGUAACAUUUCAAACUUCUAGAAGAAAUCAAUAUUAGAAAUUUUUUUAAUGAAACUUAAAAUUGUACCUUUUAACUUUUAGACUGCCUGGGUGGCUCUAUUUGGCCAGCCAAAUGAAUGCAGUAGGGCAUCUAAAGCAUUCCUAGCAGGCUAGAGGUUCCCUUUUUUCAUGAUUUAUCUUUCAUUGUUAUCUCUUCUCUCAUCUGUCUCACUUCCAGACCAAAACAUGUUGUGUUAAACAACUAGUUAAAUAAGAAGUUAAUGCACAGCAGACAAUAAAAACUGGAAAAGUCCUCACUGCUCCAGCACCAUCCACUGACUGACUGGCUGAACAACCUCACUGGAUUGUAGCAGCUAUAGAGUAAACCCCUUCCUGUUGGUCUGAUUGUAUUUGUUAAUGACAGCCAAGGCACAGUAGCCUGGUAAUGAAGGGUUCCUUAAACCAGGGCUAUAGCUUUGAUGAGAGCACUUAAUGAACAUACAGUCUUCUCAGUUCUGCAUCAGACAGAAGUCUGAUAAAGCCAUAAUGCAGUCUAUGUAGAUGCAGGCCCAGUAUUUGGUUCGUACCCGUUUUCCUCUGUGAAGUACAAGAAUUGUUACCUCUAGCAGUUCCUGUGUGUUUCACUCAAGCUGCUUUCUCCCAGUUCCCGAUUUUAUUUUCUACUCAUUCUCCUUUAUCGUUGUGACUCUGAUAUUCAGCAUUAUGAUUUAUUGUGGAACACUAUCCAUCCGUUGUUGAGUUUUUUAUUUUGGAAGGCUUUUUAGUACAAACUAAAAUACAACCAGAACUAAUGUCCCAUUGUGUCUGUUCUUGUGUGUGAACGUGAAGGGUAGGAAUCAUCAAUGUUAGUAGCAUCACUGUACAUUCUGCUUAUUGAAGUCUGCCUCAGUAUUAAGAAAGAGCUGGAAUUAAGGCUACUUCAUAGCCAUUUUAAACAAGUUGUUUUAUUAAUAACAGUUUUUGCCUAUUAUAAACUGUCCUUUUUAGUUUAAUGGUAACUGUAAAAAAUGUCAUCUCUUAUUGCAAGAAAAAUUACAGGAGACCAAUCCAUGCAGCAUUGACCUGGAGAAGAAGUAAUAUGAAACAGUAUUCUGGCUGCUACUUAUUUUCUGUAAUGCCUUUUUUUUUCCUACAAAAGGAGUGCAGCACACCAUCUAGAUUUCCUUAAGGCUUAGGUUAAUACUAACUAUUGAGUUGUGAAGUUGCUGAUUGAAUGCAUUGAACAUUCAGCCAAUUUAAGAAAUGCAGAAAAAUUAAGACACAACCAUUUUAAAGUUAAGUCCCCCCGAUUCCUGCUUAGCUUAUGACCAAGUAAGGAGUUAGCAGCUCAAAUCCCAUCUCAAGUCAUAG